CGACGACGCAUUAAGCGACCUGGUGGGGGCGGAGGAGAAGGCCGUCCCUUCGCACGACCGUCGGGGCCAACCGUCAGUUGGCGUAGUACCUGAUUCUGUUUAUCCUCUUGAACCGAGCAGCAAGAGGCGGGCCAAAAUUGGGUGAUUCGCCGACGUAGAGGCGUUUCGGACGCAUCCGGAUACAAGGCUGGCCAGCUGCGCCAUUCUUGUUGUGUUGGUCUUCUCAUCAGCCACACUACAUCAGCCAACCCUGGCUGCCGGAUCGUCGUAGUCGAGGAUUGUUGUAGUUAGCUGUUGUGAUGUCGCACACCACAGGAAUGGACACGGUCUUGCCUGUACCGGAUGCCAUCCCCCCACUCGAGAAGCUGCAAGAGGACUUGGUCCUGCACCUCGUCCAGGAGGUCAAAUAUCAACCGGAUCUCCAUCAAUUACCAAAAUACACUUUACAAUCCAAUGCAACACAGGACGAUGAGAUAACGGUUGGUGCUCGGGACAGGUCUGCUCAUGUACUGAGAUGUCUAAAAGUGGUGUACGAUCUGUCGUCGGACGUAUUCUUCAUCGCGAUCAAUCUGAUGGACCGUUUCCUGACGAAAAUGAAGGCGCGGCAGAAGUAUAUGGCCUGCAUCAGCGUGUCGGCCUUUUACAUGGCCGCUAACCAACGGAUGCAGGCCAUAGAUGCCGACCAUCUAGUCUCGAUCUCACAAUGCAGAUGCACGGCCGACGAUCUGAGGCGCAUGUCGGGGGUGAUACGAGAAAAGUUGGAAUGGGCACCCGGUACUGAGCCCACCACCGCCCUGACGUUUCUACGGCUGUUCAACAAUAUGUUUCACGCGGUGGCACAGCAAAUGCAUCUCGGCGACGUGUACACCAGCAUCGUCAAGGAAUCCGAAUUGAUCCUCAGAUUGGAAAUGGUGGCUUGCGACGGUAAUUGCACUAGUCUCAGGCCAUCCGAGGUAGCUCUGGUGGUACUCUGCACUUAUAUGGACGCCGCUGUUAAUCGACUGAAUGCGAAUACUGAUGCCGCCGUGUCUGCCGACAGCCCAUCCGCCGUGGGUCUGCACAACGCAUCCACCAUCACGCCAUCCUUUCAAAUACUGAAAGACGAGCUUAUGGAAUUUGCUGUGCUACUCCGAGAGAAAUGCAAUAUUUCAGAGGAAAGUUUCCGUUUCUCUCAUGUAACGGUGGGCGCCAUACUGAGCAAGUAUAACGCCCAAGAGCAAACUCCUUACAAGCAGAAGCUAAUCUGGAAACUUUCGUCGCGUACCGCAGGCAUUUUACGCCCGACCGAAAAAUUCAGGUCCGUGCUCCCCGUCAUCGCGGAACAUGCGCCGAUCCCGUCUCCGAGAAGGAUCAGGAAAAACCGUAAGUACACCCGACGCCAUGGCAAUAAGAGACGUUAAAGUGGCAUCGCCUUUUUCUUUGAGAGUACGGCAUUGGAAUUUCCAUCUAGUGUAUCAAGUCAAUGUUACUUUUGAUAUACUGAAUAUCUGCUACAAGUAAAAGCGCAAGAUUUUUACUUUUUCCAGUAUGAAGAUCAAAAUUUUCCUCGAGAGUACAAACAUCGUUUCAUGCAUUACGAUGAUUUCUCUUAGAAGCUUCGUUUGUGUCAUCUACUAAAAUGUAUAUACUGGCAAGAUACAAGUUUCUUACGACAUAAAAUAUGUUUUGCCAGUAUGUACAUUCAUCAUGGUUGCAUUGUAAUAUUAAUCUCGGCUCACUGUCUCAUUGUAUUACGCGCACACAUUUCGGAAUAUUUUAUAAGGAAGACAAGGAUUUCUCUCUUCGUUCCGGCGACGAGAUCAAGUAUUUAUUAUAGGGAUGGGAAGAGAGAGAGAGCGAACAGGUACACAAGCGCUGUGACAAAGCGGAGUAAUCAUCUUUAAGAAAUAUGAAAAUCAAUGUGAUACAAAAAAAUCCUUUAUAGUUAUUAUCUAAUUAGAAAAACAACAUCGCUAAAAACGUAUAUCUAUAUAUUUACAAAGUGUGUUAAAAAAGGAUUAAAGUUAUAAAAAGGAAGAGAGAAAAAGUAAUAAUAAGAAUUACGAAAGUGUUGACAAUUUCACAUAACGUAAAACAGUUAUGAUGGAAAGAGAGUAUAAAGAUAAGUUUGUCGACACGCGAAUAAGAGUUGAAUACGCUGAAACUUGUGCUUACUGGAUUUGACGAGGAAGGAAAGUUUUUCGUUGAAUCUAGUUACGUUAUGUCUCGAAGUACGCUUCCCUCUCACCAUAUCUUCAUUACGAGAAGAUGGAACAAUCGAUAAAAUAUAGGUUUGUUGCACUGCGAAUGAAUUUCUUGGUGUGUUACACACGUCAGAUAAGUAAUGAACGAACGACAACGGGAAAUUUACGAAUUGUAGAAUGAAUUCAUUCUAUAUUUUGAAAUGCACAAAUGUGUAAUCCGGAGUGUUGGGAGGCAAGUUUCGCUGUUGUGUUGCAAUACAAAAGAAGAGAUCAAGUGAUAUUCUUUUUAUGUAUAUUUCGAAGAUAAACCAUUGUAUUUUUUAUUUUGUAAAAAUCGUAUUCGGAUCUUUUCUGCAUGAGAUUAUGUCGUGCGCAUUUAGGUUCUUUUGCAGUAAUAAUAGAGAUGCUUCGUAUUGAUAUCGGUUUACGAUCAUUCGUCUGAUUCGUCGCGAUAUGGUAACACGAGAGAGUGUCAAGGAAGAGAUACCCUAAAGUCCGAUUCAAAUCGUUACCCUUAGUUUUAGGGCCUUAGCUGAAUGGCCGACUUGUAAUUUCAAGACAACGUUAUAUGCUUUGCCUUGAAAUUACAUGUUACUUUAAAUUUUUGUCUCGAUAUAAUUUAUGUAAACACGUGAAAGUAACAAUUUUAUUUGCGAACAGUAAUAAUAAAUAUUUUAUAAAUGUCUUGAAAUUACGAGUCAGCCAUUCUGCUAAGGUCUUUAGUGUACUGUAUACGUUUAGAGACCGCGUUGCGUUUUAAUUACGGAUUAUUUCAAGAGGGGAUCAAGGUAUAUAAUAAAGGAUGAUGUGAGAAUCGCUGCGAGAUACCAGUGUGCAUUUGUUACAGACCGCAUAACAUCACACACUUAAAUUGAGAGUAAUUACGAUAUCGAGAUGUAAGAAGUGAAAUACAUUGCAUAGAAAUUCGUUCGAAGUGGCAGACGAAAGCGCGUGAACUAUACGUCGUAAUGCGAGCCAAUACUUACAAUCUUAUUCGGCAAAAACGUUGAAUCUUUGAGAUGGUCUCUAUAUAUUUUCAUAUAUAUAUAUUUCUCGUCGAUUUGUGCUGCACCAGAUGCGUUAAACGAUAAAUCGUUAUUCGCGGUAGCUCACAAUUUGGCGUUCAGGAGCUAGUCUGCGUUUUUGUAACAGAAGAAAAAGGAAAAAAAAGCAAUUGUUCAAAUAAGUUUACAAAUCUUAGCCAGUUUACGCUAGUCAUAAGUCAUACCGUACUUUCAUUUCGUGAUCUGUGAAAAUACAAUCUCUUGUUGCCCUGCGGCAUUAAUACAAUUAAUAAUGCAAAUUUUAUAUCACA